GAGAAAAAAUAAUAUGGAAAAAUUUAAUUCCAAAUAGUCCAGAUGCAACCCGUCAUCUUCUUUUUUGUUUUGCAAAAGAGACUGCUAGUUUUAUUUAGGAAAAAUUUGAACAUUUGAAAAAUGAAAUUUUUUUAUUGAAGAAUAUUGAAUUUAAACUUGGUGAAAGUACUUUUGUAGUAAAGUCUAGUUUGUCAACUAUUUAUACCACAAUGAAUGAUGGCAAAACACUAAACGCUGUUGUAUCAAAUAUGCUUAAAAAAAGAAUUUCAUCUCAUUCCUGCCAUGUAUGCCUUGCAAAUUCUAAGGAGUUUAACUUGAAAACUAUUUGGAAAAAAAAUAUUAAUUUAAACAAGCAUGUUUUGAAACUUGGAAUUUGCAGUCUUCAUCAAUGGAUGCGCUGUAUGGAGUGGAUUUUCAAUACUGCUUGUAAACUCCCAGCUGUUAAGCAAGGAAGAAAUAUUCCAUCACAAAAGAGUAAAGAAUUUAUUGAAAACAAAAAAAAACUCCAGCAUUUAUUCAAGAUACAACUGAAUAUAAGGGUUUCUUUUGUCAGGAAAGGAUGUGGAACAACCAAUACUGGAAAUGUUGCUCGCAAAUUUUUUAAUAACCCGAUUGUGACAGGGAGAAUUUUAAACUUGGAUAUCAGAAUGAUUAAGUUGUUUCGAGAUUUACUCAUUGAUAUAAACAGAACAACUACAAGACCGGAUAUAAAGGUUUUCAAACAGAAAUCUGAACAUCUAUUUGCACUCAUAACUAAUGAUAAAUUUUUAAAAACCAUACCUAUGUCACAAUCUGUGCAUAGAGUGAUAGUUCAUGGUACUUCUUUUUUAAGGUAUUUUAAGUAUCCGAUAGGUUCUUUGUCUGAGAGUGCUAUUGAAGCCAGAAAUAAGGAAAACAAAACUGCUCGAAUUGGUCAUGCUCGUUUAACUUCUUUUGCAGAAAACACUAGGGAUACAGCUAAUUAUUUGUUUAUGACAUCUGAUAUGUACCUCUUUUACAAAAAAAACAAAAUGGAUAAAAAAAGAGUGAAAACAAAAUAGUUUAAGAAAGCAAAGUGACAGUUCUUCUGAUAACUGCUUAAAAUAAAGGAAGUAAGACCAUGAAGAAUCAUACUGAUGAGCUGUUCUGCGUUGAAUUUU